CUCAGACUCUUUGGUCAAUCGUAGAGACUAUGCUAGGAGCAUCCGGAGGUGGAGGCGCAGACUCUGGACUUCUCAGAGCAGAUAGAGGGUUCUGGAGUUCCUCCACUGCCCAGAGCAGUUAUUACUUGAAGGAGAAUGACGGCGGAGGCCUCGGCAGUGAUGAGGUUAUGUCGGCACCACAUGGCUCUGUUGAGAAGACGUCCGCCUCCGGGACCAUGGCUCCAAACAUCCAGAUCGUUCUCCUCAGUCAGGGGGAGCAGGCGCAGAGGGAUGCUGUGGAAGAGCGUGGCGGCUCUCUCUGUGGGCGCCGUUUGUGUCCGGUAUGCCAUGUCAGACGCUAAAGAGAGGAGGAGGAAGAGGAUCAUGUUUGAAGGAUUCGGUCGUUUCUGCAGGUCUCUGUCUGUGGGAUUCUUCAUUUCUGUGGAUUACUGGUGGACCACAAAUGUGGAGCUGCGUGGAGUUGAAGAGAACAGCCCAAUCUACCUCAGCAAGAUGUCCGCCUGCCACCAGAGGGCAGCAGAAUGCAUGGUGGAAGGAGCCAUAAGGAACGGAGGGAUUUACGUCAAACUAGGCCAGGGUCUGUGCUCCUUCAACCACCUUCUCCCCCCCGAGUACAUCCGCUCCCUGCAGGUGCUGGAGGACCAGGCCUUGAACCGGAGAUACAAAGAGGUGGACGCUCUCUUCCAGGAGGACUUCAACAAAACGCCAGAGCAGCUUUUUAAGACGUUUGACCAUAAGCCCCUCGCUGCAGCCAGCUUGGCUCAGGUUCAUAAGGCGGAGCUGUGGGAUGGGACCCCUGUUGCUGUGAAGGUGCAGUACAUCGACCUCAGGGACCGUUUCGAUGGAGACAUCCGAACCCUGGAGAUCCUUCUCGAUAUAAUCAAACUGAUGCAUCCGAGUUUUGGUUUCCGAUGGGUUCUGAAGGACCUGAAGGAGACGCUGGCUCAAGAGCUGGACUUUGAGAAUGAGGCCAGGAACUCAGAGAGGUGUGCAGAGGAGCUGAAGCACUUUCACUUUGUAGUUGUACCAAAAGUAUUCUGGCAGUACACCAGUAAGAGAGUCCUGACGGCAGAGUUUUGCAACGGCUGCAAAAUCAACAACGUGGAAGAAAUUAAGAAACAAGGAAUCAGUUUGAAAGAUACUGCAGAUAAACUCAUCCGGACGUUUGCAGAGCAGAUAUUCUACACGGGUUUCAUCCACGCCGAUCCUCAUCCAGGAAAUGUUCUUGUCAGACGUGGUCCUGACAAAAAAGCUGAGCUGGUGCUUCUGGACCACGGCUUGUACGAAUACCUUCAGGAGCGGGAUAGAGAGUCUCUGUGUAAACUGUGGCGGGCCAUAGUCCUAAGGAACGAGGCAGCCAUGAAGAAGCACUCCCAUGCCCUGGGAGUCUCAGAGUACUUCCUGUUCUGUGAGAUGCUGCUGCAGCGGCCCAUCAACAUGCACCAGCUGGGCCUGUCCAACAUCUUGAACAGAGAGGAGACGGCCUACAUGCGCCACAUGGCCAUCAACCGCUUCGACAGCAUCAUGCAGGUGCUGAAGUCCAUGCCGCGGCCCAUGCUGCUGGUCUUCAGGAACAUCAACACGGUCCGCAGCAUCAACAUCACUCUGGGAGCUCCGGUGGACCGCUACUUCGUCAUGGCCAAGAGCGCGGUUCGAGGCUGGGGGAGGAUCCAGGCAGAGAAGUUGGGGGUUCUCCCCAGACUGUGGGUCUUCCACUGGUGGAGGACAACUUGGGAAAGCCUCAAGUUUGAAGUGGCGUUAAGGAAGGAGAUGGUGACCAUGAGUCUGACACGCGCCCUCCUCAGGCUCCUGGAGGUCCUGGGGUUCACCCGGCUGGAUGCUGAGGUGUACGAGUUCCUGACGUGAUGGACAUUCAAACCCCAUCAACAGCCUGAUGGGAGUGUACGGCUCAGCCAGGAACUUCACGAGGGUUCAUUAUUUAAAGAGGCUGAUCAGACUGCUCCCUAUAUUUAUCAUUCUGUUUCUUUAGCAUCUUUGUAAUCAACAAUUAUUUUGGCUCAUGAUGUCGUCUGGGCAAUAAAAUGUUCUACCUCUCUAACA